AUGGGAUCCACCGAACAGUCCACUUUGCCCUCGGAUUUUGUCUGGGGCUUCGCGACAGCCGCCUACCAGAUUGAGGGAGGUGCCAAUGAAGAUGGACGCGCCCCGUCAAUCUGGGAUACGUUCUGCAAGAUUCCCGGUAAGAUUGCUGGUGGGGGGACUGGAGAUGUUGCUUGCGACUCGUAUCACCGCACACAUCAGGAUAUCGCUUUGCUGAAGGAAUGCGGUGCUUCCGCAUACCGAUUUUCCCUGUCAUGGUCCCGCAUUAUUCCUCUCGGUGGCCGAAAUGAUCCCAUCAACGAGAAGGGAUUGAAGUUCUACCAGAAGUUCGUCGAUGACUUGAUUGAGGCGGGAAUUACGCCCAUGAUUACUCUGUACCAUUGGGAUCUCCCGGAUGCGCUCGACAAGCGCUAUGGUGGACUUCUCAACAAGGAGGAGUUCGUGGCUGAUUUUGCGCACUAUGCCCGCGUGGUGUUCGAGGCAUUCGGAUCCAAGGUCAAGUACUGGGUUACCUUCAACGAGCCUUGGUGCAGCAGUGUUCUUGGAUACCACAAUGGUUCCUUCGCCCCGGGACACACAAGUGAUCGCACCAAAAGCCCAGUGGGAGAUAGCUCGACUGAGCCCUGGAUUGUUGGUCACAGUCUGUUGGUCGCUCACGGAGCUGCAGUGAAGAUCUACCGUGAGGAAUUCAAAGCAAGAGACGGUGGUGAGAUUGGCAUCACUCUCAAUGGCGACUGGGCUGAACCCUGGGAUCCGGAAAACCCGGCCGACGUGGAAGCCUGUGACCGCAAGAUUGAGUUCGCUAUCUCAUGGUUCGCCGACCCGAUCUACCACGGCAAAUACCCAGAUAGUAUGAUCAAGCAGCUCGGGGACCGCUUGCCAACCUGGACACCAGAGGACAUCGCUCUGGUCCAAGGUAGCAACGACUUCUACGGCAUGAACCACUACUGUGCGAACUUCAUCCGCGCCAAGACCGGGGAGCCAGAGCUCAACGACAUCGCGGGCAACUUGGAGCUUCUGCUCGAAGACAAGAACGGCGUCAGUGUCGGGCCUGUCACACAAUCGCCCUGGCUGCGACCAUCUGCUAUCGGAUUCCGCAAACUGCUCAAGUGGCUCAGCGAGCGCUAUGGCUAUCCCAAGAUCUAUGUCACAGAGAACGGAACCAGUCUUCUGGGUGAGAACGAUAUGCCCCUCGAACAAUUGCUCGACGAUGAGUUCCGCGUGCAAUAUUUCCGUGACUACAUCGGUGCUAUGGCUGAUGCGUAUACCCUCGAUGGUGUCAACGUGCGGGCGUACAUGGCCUGGAGUCUUCUGGACAACUUUGAAUGGGCUGAGGGCUAUGAGACCCGCUUCGGUGUUACCUUUGUCGACUAUGAGAACGGCCAGAAGAGAAUCCCGAAGAAGAGCGCCAAGGAGAUUGGCAAUAUCUUCAACCGGUUGAUCGAGAAGGCCUAG